AUGUCAAUAAAAAUUGCUAGUUCUGAAGAACUUGAAAAAGAUAAAGAUGUUUAUUAUAUUAAACCGAUUGAGGGAUACUGUACAAAGUUUAAAGAGUAUCAUUUUGAUGAGGGAACAAUUACUGUUGAAGGAAUGAUUAUGAAACGUCAAGAAAAUAUGAAAUUUUUCAUCAACAUUUGUCAUUGUGUGGAGAUUCCUCCACCAUUAGAUGAUUAUACAGAGGAUUUGUUAAGUGAAAAACUUGAUACUGGUAUGGAAGAUGUUAAAAUUCCAAUGAGUGUUAGUGAAGUUCAUUUAUGUCAUACAAAUAAAAAUGAGGAAGCUUUAAAAGUUGAUGUAUUGAUAAAUUCAAACUUUUAUGGAAAUCGUGUUGCUGAAAGUCUUUUUAUCAGACAAUUUAUUGUUAUUGUUGCUUGUGAUUUAAUUAAUGCAAAACAUAAAAUUACUCUUGAUCCAAGUGAAAGUAUAGAAUUAAGAAACAAAAAGCACAUCGGUGAAUUGAUGAUUCAAAAAGUUAGAAAAACUCCAGCUGAAGCAGGUAUCAAAGAAAUAAAGGAUGAAAAAAUUGUUUUAUUAGAUGAUGAAAAGGAUGAUGAGGGUAAUAAAGUUAAUUUUGCAGAGUUUGAAAAAAUCAUUCAUGGGAAGGAGGAUCUUCCAAAUGUAAAUAUGUUUAUCAAUCAGGUAACCAGAGAAUUGAAGAUUAAUAUAACGGUUGAAGAGAAUGUAGAAAAAGAAGAAGACAUCAUGGUAAAAAUGAAUAGUGAUAGAAUAGUUGUAAUUGUUCAUAAGAAAUCAAAAGUUGCUGAGAUGUAUUCAAGAUUUUUGAUGAAUUAUAAAUUAGCUAAGCUUAAAUUUGAUAAUGCUUCAAAGCUUUUAUCGAUCUCAGUUCCGAGUACAAGAUCUAUACCAAUAUUUGGAGAAUAUUUUAAUCCAAAUCAAGAAGAUGAUUUUAUGGAAUCAAGUGAUACAAAUUAUGAGUUUCUAAAAGAUAUUAACUCACAACGUGCUAUUCAUACUAUUAUUAAUAAAAGUUUAAAUGAAAGAUUAGUUCUUUUGGUAUGUGAUCGUGUUUGUCAUGAAGAAAGAGAAGAGAUUCCUAAAAUUAUACGAGAAUUUUCAAAAGAUUUUGGUAUAAAAAAAACAAAUUCUAUACAUUUUCAUUUUUUAUUAAAAAAAGAAAAAAUUCCUCAAUAUAAUAUAGAAAAAUUUGUUGGAAAUUCAUCAAUAAGUUUAUUAUUUUUUAUUGGUGAAAAAGCUUAUCCAUUUAGGGGACAAUUAAAUUCAAAAAAAGAUAUUUAUCAUUUUUUGUUAGAACGUGAACAUGUAAAUAUGACAAAAUUAAAAACAUAUGAAGAUUUAGAUAAAUUUCUUUCAUCUAUAAAUAAUGAUAUGGAUCAAAAAUUUUAUGUAUUAUAUUUAAAUUUUAAAAAACAUAAAAAAUGUGGAGCAUAUGGAAUUAAUAGCUUUGAAAAUUCAGUAAAAAGUGUAGAUUUAAAAGAUAUAACUCCAAUAAAAAUGGAAGUUGAACAGACAAAAGAAAUAUUAGUUAUAAUUGAAAUGAGAUUAUCACAAAUAAAAUAUAAAAAAUGUCCUACACUAAUAAUAAUACAUAAAGGAAAAUAUAAAGAGAUUCCAUUAAUUUUUUCACCUAGAAUAAUAAGGAAGUUUAUAGAAUAUAUUGAAGAAAAUUAUUAUGAAAUUGAAGAUACAUGGACAAAAAUAGGUGAACCAAUAACUUAUAUACAAUUACAAUAUUUAGUUGAUGAACAUAAUAUUAAUGAUUUACAAUAUAAUGGAAAAUUUGUUACAGCAGCUGUUAUUGGUGGAUUUGCUAUUUUACUUCUUGGAUUUUCAAUUUUUUGGGCACUUAAUGGAGCAUAA